GAAUGCACAUAAUCACCUUGCUUCUCAUGGCAUAAUUAGCCCUCAUAUUCGCCUUGCCAGACCAUGGUUGCACGCACGCGCGCGCAGGCCGUGUGUCCUUCUUUCACGCCAUUCAUCAUGUAACCCUGUCCCUAAUGCCUGAGCCGUAGUCUCACUGGCUGUCAAGUCGCAGAACCCCGCAAAUCGACGACUGCAUUCCCAAAAUGGGUCGCAAUUCCGUGAGUAGCGACAAACCCACUGGCACGGUCAACCCUAACUCUAACCCUAGCAGUAGCCGGGCAAUGGGCCGGCAUAAGCACAGUUACAGUAUGGACUGUUCAACCACUUCCAAUCUCACACUUCCCCCGUCCGUCCCUAAGCCGAAGUCGCAAAACAACAGCCCAUGCGACAAUAGCGGCCACCGCGGCAGCGGCGGCGGCGGCGGCGGAGGGAGCAGGCAAUCGCCUCUCUCCGGUUCGGUCGCAGGCGUGCUGACGUCGUCGUUACGGGGCGGCGGAGGAGGAGGCGGAGGAGGCGGAAAGAAAUCAUGGAUGCCGAAUCUUAGUCCGCGGUUCCUCUGUUCCGCGGGAAUGCCGCCGGAUCUCCGCGAAAACGGCUACUUCGGCCAUUUAAAUCUCGAUGGCGACGGAUGCGACCUGGACGACGACGACGACGACAUUCGCGGUGGCGAAUUAGGUAACCGGUCGCGUAGCGAAGUCCUCAGGCGCGGGCCCGUCGCAGAAGACGCCGUCGACCUCAGCUGCAGCGGAGGCUACGCGCGCGCGAAAACCGACAUCCCACGCCACGCGCGGGCCAGAGCCUCCGCCGCCGCCGCAGCAGCAGCAGCCGCACCUGCACCCUCCCGCGCGCCUGUGCCGCGGAACCGUUCCGUAGACGCAGCUGCUAUAGGCGCGGCUCAUGGCGGGCCUCAAGGCGGGGCUCACGGUGCGGCGCACGGGGAAGCAAGAGGCGGAGCCAGCGCGAGCGCAGCAACGCUCGGCGCGCUGCAGCAGGAGGAGGCGGAGGAGAGCGAGGGCCGGUACGGUAGGGCUAGCUCCAUGCCUACUAUGCACCGGCGACGCAAGUCCCUAGGAGGCGGUCUGGUUUCCCUCGGGUCGCCAGGUGUUUCUUGCCUGCAGCCUAGGUCGUCUGAGGUGGACGAGGAGAUGAGGAUCCGCUUUACAGAAGGACCCGCUAUAAGCUCUAGGUCGAGCUCUUGUAGAAUGGGGGAUGUAGUGGAUGAUUCUCUAAGCUCGUGUGGUAGUGAUCGGUUUGGUAGUGGUCAGGUCGGUAGUGGGCGGUUUGGCAGUGAUAGGGUUGGUAGUGGUAGGUUCGGUAGUGGACGGUUAUCUAUGAAUUUUUCUGCCGGACGCGAGACUUCAAGGGAUGGGGCCUCAGAGUCUAGGGUGCGCCGAAGCUACUCAGGAGCUUCGGACAAGUACACAGACAGGCUCGGGGACAGGCCUGGAGACAGGUCUGGAGAGGCAUAUCCUGACAGGCGGGUUGAGCGGGUGUCGGAAGAAGGUCGAGCCUCAAGCAGUAUCACGUACAAAGGACGAGGUUCGCAAUCAGGACCGUUGAUGCCUCGAGAUUACGAACAAAUAGACGGUCGCGAUCCAGCAGGGAGGGAACGCACAGAGGAAGCUUCCACGCUCACGCACGGUCUCCGAUCCGGAAGCUUCACGUCCAGGGCCCACGCGGCACAAGACCGGCACGACGAGCGAGGGAACAGCGAUGGUUCUCGUCCUGCUGAUGGCUCGCAGCGUAGACUGCCAGCAGCAGAGCGGCUCAAGGCGCGGAGCUACAUCGGGCGGAGCUUCUCUGGUGGAGGGAUGGAAUCCAUGGCUGCUGCUUCAGCGUCUAUCCGCGCUGCGCUGAGGGCGUCCGUUCUCAGGAGCUCCUCAGGCGCGAGGGAACAGAAAGGGGGGAGAUUAGAUGGGGAGGGGAAAGCAGGAGGAAGCGGAGCAGGGGUGGGUGGGAAGCGGCUGGGAGGGGGAGGGGGGUCGGGGCGAUGGUCGAUUGGUAGGAGCUUCUCAGGUAGCCGUGCAGGCAGUCGUGAUGGUUCUGCUGCUGCUGCGUUGACUGCAGAUACUGGCGCUUGCAUUGGUGCGGAUGGGGGGGACUGCGUUGGUGGUGAUGGAAGGGACGCUUCAAGGGAAGCUGCACAGGAAGCUGCGCGGGAAGCUGCAAGAGAAGCUGCAGCGUUGGAAGGUGAUGGAGAGAGGUCGUCUAGGUCGUCCCUACGGCCUUCCUUGAGACCCAGUAGCAUGGAGAGAAGGGAUGGUGGCAGGAGAGGUGGGGUGGAGGAGGAGGAGGAGGACGAGGAGGAGGAGGAGGAGGAGGAGGACGAGGAGGAGGGAGAGGAGGGCGUCAACAGUGAGGAGGAGAGUGAGGAAGAGGAGGAGGAAGAGGGGGGAGAGGGGGGAGAGGAGGACGAGGGAGAAGACGAGGAGGGCGAGGAAGUGGCUGUGGGAAGGGGGCUGUGGGAGGAUAUUGAAGAGGAUGAUAAUAACGAGGAUGGAACCAGAGGGGCUGAGAUGAGCUUAAGGGGGCACGGCUGGGCAGGAAGAGGACCCGGGGAUCAGGAAAAUCACCCCAGCUGGAGCAGCAGGUUAGCGCCACAGAGCAGAGAUGAGGGAGAUGAGGAAGAAGAGGAGGAAGAGGAGGAAGAGGAGGGUGAGGAGGACGAGGAGGAAGUGGAGCAAGAGGAGGAGAAUGAGGGCAAUGAGGGCAUUGAGGACGAUGAGGACGAAAUGCAGGGCCCCGUCCCAGGCAAAGGAGGUGUGAGAGUGGAAGGUGCUGGUUGGCUUGAAGGGGGUUUUUACGGAACGUUUGAGUCAGCACAAGAGCCAGAACCAGGUGAGGGUGAAGGAGGCGGAGGGAUGGGCAGGAGGGUGCUGAUGGGAGCCCCCUCCCUCAACCCCGAUGCAAUCUUUGAGGAGCCUCAGCAAAGGAUGCUGAUAGGAGCCCCCUCCCUCAACCCUGGUGCAACGUUUGAGGCGCCUCAAGAAAGGGUGCUGGUAGGAGCCCCCUCCCUCAACCCUGAUGCAGCCUCUCAGGCGUUCUGGGUGAGCCUGAAAGACGGCAGGGGAGCGGACGUGUGGGAAGGCGGGGAGGGAGCAAUAGAAGAGGAGGAGGAGGAGGAGGAGGAGGAGGAGGUGGAGGAGGAGGAGGAGGAGGAGGAAGGGGAAGGGGAAGGGAAUGAGGGAGAUGGAGCGAGUGGGGUGUUUGACCUGGCUCAAGGGUUGCUGCGGGAGGAGGGGGGAGCCGGGGAAGAGGGAGAGGGGUUUGGGUUUGAUGGAGGGGGGAAGGGGAACUGGGAAGGAGGAUCAGGGGUUGCGAGUGGCGAUAGGAAGAGGCAGAAUCAAGAGGAGGGUGCGAGUCCCUGGCAAUCAGUGGCAGAUGCAGAGAGCGAGAUGAACGGUGUCUUCCGCACUGAGAUGCUUUUCAGAGGCAGCCAAAGCCUUGGAGGCCCGGUAACCCAGGUGGAGCUGAGAGAUGACUCAUGGGACGGGGCAUUGGGGCUUGAGACCAGUUAUACCUCCCAGGAGACUCCCCUCUUUCAGCAGCCGGGUAGGUUAAUGUACUCGUCUUCUGUCAGAGAGCAGCGCAGCAGCAACAGCCUCAGCAGCAGCAGCAUCAGCGUCAGCAGCCCCUUUGGUUCACGCCGCGAACGAAUGCCUAUUGCAGAGCGGGACAUCGGCUCGUUUGCUGACGUGGACAGCGACGCCAUGGCACGGCUGGCGCGCGACGCAGCGUCCCUGCUGGCUCUAGACCCGAGUACUGAGGAGGAGCAGAGCAGAGAUAGAGAGUCCAUCCCCCCAGCUUCCUCCUCCAGGCCCAGCAGCCCGUUCUCCGGCCCGCUUUCCGGCCUGCUUCGCCGCUCCAAAACCCCUCCCCGCUCCCCCAACCAGACCCCCCCGCGCACCCCCCCCCGCUCCCCUUCCCAAACCCCCACCCACACCCCUCCUCGCACCCCCCCUGGUGGGCCCAGUUCGAACCGGUUCUUAGAUAAGAGCCGGAGUGCGCGGAUUGACCGGCCGAGUAGCCCGUUAAGGUUUGAUCGGCCGGGGAGUCCGCUGAGGGGGGUGUGGAAUGCGCUAAGGAGCCACGGGGAGGGGGAUAAGGGCGGGUGGGAGAGAAUCGAUGUGGAUGCUGUAGUGCUGGCUAGUGCUGCUGUGAGUAGUCCAGUGGUGGGUAGUGUGGCAGCUGCGGCUAGUGGUGUGGCUGCGAGAGCGGGUGAUCAGUUCUUGCUGAUGAGGGCUAGGACGGACAGUAGACGGAUGGAGGAUCGGGAUGGGGAUGGAGGGGGCAUGGGAGGGUUGUGGGGAGGUAGAGAGAUGGGGGUGGGGGCAGAAGUGACGUCUGCCUGGGAGGAGAGGCUGGCCAAGUUGGAGCAGGUGGCAAAGACCGGAGGGGGAGGAGGAGAGGUAGGAUGGGGAGCAAGAGAAGGAGGAGGAGGAGGAGGAGGCGGAGGAGGAGGGGAAACAGUGGAAGCAGAGAGUGCAGGGGACCUUCCAGUGAGGGCAAGUACAACCGGUAGCAGCUUGCUGGGGGGAGGAGCAGCAGGAGGAGCAGCAGGAGGAGCAGCAGCAGGGGCAGCAGCAGCAGGGGCAGCAGCAGCCGGGGCAGCAGAGGAGAGAGAAGCAGCGCUGGAGAACGCAUGGAUGAUGGCGGAGGGGGGGGACGAGGAGGACACACCAGACUACGACGACUUUCACCGCACUCGAACCUUCACCUCAGCCAUUAUUGCUGGGCUCACCAAGCGAGUCACUGGGCCCAUGGCAGGCUUGGCCAAACGGGAGGAUACAGGCAGUAGUAGCAAGACGGUAGUGCCGAGAACUGCUAGUGAUACGCACAAGGAUGGGGGGAAGGAGGGUCCGGGAAAGGGCGAGGGGAAGCAGGGGAAGUGGUGGGCUUUCAAGGAGAAGGGGGAGGAGAGUGGCAGGGGUGCAGGGGGCGCAGGAUGGGGCAUUUUGACUUCUAAGCAAAAAGCAGGAGAGCCGGGUGGAGUGGCAAAGGUUCAGGCGCAUGGGUAUGGGCAGGAGCAGGAGCAGCAGGGAGCGAUGAAUGCUGCUAAUUUGGGAGUGGCGAAUGCUUCUGCUCAUGUAGCAUCGCACCAUGCACGGCAGAAGUCUCAGGUCUCGUUCGGAUCUGGCGGAGACUCUGCUCUGCUUUCCGGCUUGCCUUCGUUUCUGCGCUCAGUCACCUUCACCUCGGCUGAAGCCCAGGCUCAUAAGCAGCAGCAGCAGCAGCAGCAGCAGCAGCUCUCAACGCACGAGCAUGAGGGAGAGGCACUCAUAGGAUUGAAGGGACAACAGGAACACAUACAGCAAGGGCUACUGGAUCAGCAGGCAGGACCCGACGACCAGCACGUUGACCCCUCACAUCAACACAACCAGCAGCAGCAGCAGCAGCAGCAGAGAGCAGGGUCUGCUGUCAGGUGCAAUUCCCUGGAAGGGGACUUGAGCAGGCACAGCGACGAGUUUCAGAGCAGUGAUCUGCGCAGCAGGAGCAGUGGCAGCGCAGUGGAGCGCCUGAGAGGGGAGGAGGGCGUCUCCAAUCACAGCAGGAGCCUGUCCAGGAUGCGCCCUGGCAGCAGUGGGUCCUUUUCCGGCCACAUGGGCGCUGGUGCUGCUCCUGCUACUACUCCCACUGCCGCUGGUGCUGCUGAUUCCCCUGAUGCCGCUACCAGCCCUGCUGCUGUCACUCCCCGCGUUGCCUACUUCUCCUUUGACAAGUACCGGGAGUCUGUAGCUGGGGGAGGUGCACCCGGGGGAGGUUCUACUGAGGAGCACGACGGGGAGGGACAUCAUCUGCUGUCUCACUCGUUUGGUGGGAGGAGUAGAGGCAGGAGCAGCCUGAGCAGAUAUGGCAGCAGUGGCAGUGGGAGUGGGAGUCUCACUCCCCCCCCUGGAGCAUUGGGAAAAAGUGGCAGCGGCAGCCUAACCCCUCCCCCUCGUUCACUGGGUAAGAGUGGGAGUGGGAGCCUGACUCCCCCUGGCAAUGUGUUUACUGGCAGUGGGAGUCUCACCCCUCCAGGUAACAUGUUUGGUAGGGGCAGCAGGGGGGACCUCACCCCACCAGCAGGGAACGCGUUUAGUAGGAGGCAUGCAGGGGAUUUGACUCCCCCUGGGAGAAGCAAUUACAGCUACAGCCAUAACCACAACCACGGGUAUAAUAACGGCUACAGCCACAAACACAGCAACAGCCACAGCAGCCACAGUUACAGCCACAGCCACGCCAACAACCAAAGCCAUUUUCGCACCCAGAGCCACAGUCACAACCACAACCACAACCAGGACCAGGAACAGGAGCCUCACUGUCAAGAGAUUCAAGACUAUAGCCCGGGCUCCAGCCAAUCCCACUUGCAGCGUGGGUUUCCGCACGUGCGCAGAGGUGUGGAGAGAGUAGCUUCUGACUGUGCAGCAGACAUUGGAGCAAGAGAAAGAGCAGCAAGAGAGAGAGGAGGAGGGGGGUGGGAGGAGGCGCAAGGAGGGGAGGAUAUUCGGGGGCGAACAGGGUCGGGGCGUUUGAGCAGAGAGGGGGGGGGUCUGAGUGCGAGUCUGGGAAGGCGGGCAGGGGAAGGGCGAGGGGGCUCGUUUGGGGAGUGGAGUGAGGCAGGGAGUGGGAGGGAGGCGAGUGGGAGGGACGCGAGUGGGAGGAGCAGCAAGCAGGGGGACAAUGUUCAGGCGCAUACAUUGACGCAUACUCGUGUUUCUCGGGUGGGGAAGGGCGGUCAGGGAGACAAGGGGGCGGUUAGAGGGGUGGAGGAGGAUGAAGAGGAGGAAGGGGAGGGUUAUGGCUCAGGCAGAGUGGAUGCAGGGCGAGGUGUGGAAGCAGGAGCGAGUGGGGCACGACCCAAGUAUGACAGGAAGCUCAGGAGUCGCACCUUUGGUGACCCAGAAGAGCUUUCAGACCUCUACCCUCCCCCCAGCGCCUUCGAGCGAUCGCACUCCACACCCGAGCGCCGGCGGCCCCCCGACCGCCCCUCAACCUCCUCUGCUGCUGCAGGGUCUACUGCCGGGUCCGGUCGGCCUCCCACUCAUCAUGCUCCGUCCGGCUCUUUGUCGCACCAUUCGUCACUGAACAGUCACCUGAGCAAGCAGCGGCACAGGACAGGUGAUUCUGGUGGGCACGUUGGGGCGAGCAGACUGUCAGGGAAACAGCAGAAGAAGCAAGGCCAGCACGAGCAGCAGUAUGAGCUCCAUUAUCAGCAGCAGCAGCAGCAGCAGCAACAGUGGGAGAGGAAACAGCAGAAGGGGACGCAUAAGGAGGCACAGCUGCAUGUGGCGUGGAGAGAUGAGGAGGAGGAGGAUGGUGGGGAAGAAUGGGGCAGGCAGCACCUGCACCCUGUGAAAGGGGGCAGGGAGAGGCGUCAGACUGGAGGGAGGCCAGAGGAGGAGGAGGAGAUGGUUGGAUACAGGGAGGAUGACUGUGAAGGAAACGCAGAGGAGGAGAUAGAGGAGGAGGACGAGGAGAUUGUUCGAUAUAGGGAUGGUGGUGUUAAUGAGAAGGAAGAGGAGGUGGACGAGGAGGAGAGGGGGGAAGAUGGGGGGGGUGGGGAAAAGGUGGUGGAGAAUGGGCGGAGAAGGUGGUCCAGGGAGUGUGGCACAGGUCUGGGGAAGGGAGCCCGAACUAAGGCCGGUCGCAGCAGGCAUGACUGUGGAAGUGAGGGCGAGGAGGAGAAUGCGCGAGGGAGAAUUCCCAAGCAGCAAGAGCGCCCACGGGGAAUGGGGAGAGAAGACAGGGAGUGUGGGUGGGAUGGGCGCAAUGGAAGAGAUGGAGAGCGGCGCCGGCUGCAGGACAGUCAAGAGGGGAGUGAGGAGGAGGGGGUGAGGGUAAUAAUCAGGACAGUGACAAAGGGAGCGUUCUUGAGAAUAGUGAGGAGUGGAGUGGAGAAGAAAAGGAGAGUGAAGGGGUGGAGAGUGGUGACUCGUCCGAGGGUUCUCGUAGGAGCGAGCGUGUCAGGGAGAGAGGGAGGACUGAGAGACACCAUCACUCACUGAGGGAAACCAGUCACAGAGAAGAUAAACAUCAUCACAAUGAGAAUCACAAGAGGGGAGAUCGCUCAAGUGGGUAUAGGGAAUCGGAGGAGUGGGAUUCCAGUGGUCCGGAAAAUGAGAGGGAGCGGGAUGUUGAGGGCUAUGAUCGAAGUAGCAGAGUAGAGAGCCGGGACAGCAAGUAUGGGUACGGCAGCACUGGGGAUUUUCGGCGUGGGGCGGCUGAUACAGGACGGCACAUACACAGAAGAGACGAGGAGGAAAGGGACGAGCAGUACAGAAGUAGAGGUGGUGAUAGGAAGGAGCAGUCACGGGGGAAAAGGGGUCAGGAGAGUGCACGGAAGUAUGGGGAGAGGAGCAAUGGAGAAAAUAGGGAGGUGUACAGCGGGAACGAGGUGGACAGAGUGUAUAGAAGGGAGGAGGAAGAAGAAGACUAUGACGGAGUGUGUAGACGAGAUGACGAAGAUGAGGACGAUGGAGAAGGCGAGGAGGCAUACAGGGAGGGUUCCUCCAGCAGGGUAAGCCACUCUCACCGAGAGAGAAAAGGGGGCGCAGCAAAUGGUGGUGGGCGGCACUCCCGCACCUCAAGCUGGCUGGACCAGAAGAGCCGGUCUCAGCGGCCUGGGCGGCAGCAGCAGUAGGGGGGUUUCGGGAUGGGUGGGGGGCAGUUCACUCUGCUAGAGAAAGAGCAGGCUGGCUCAUCACUGCAAGCUGGUUGGACCAGAAGGGCCGGUCCCACCAGGGGGGCGGAAGCAGCAGUAGCAGGAGCAGCUGCAGCCCGUUCCUUUCAGAGACUUGGGGAGUCCAGCAGGCUGGUUCGUCAGGCUCGUCCUUGUCCUCGUCUUUCCUUGGCCUCUCUGCCCGUCCUCUCCCUGUCUGCCCGUGACUAGGCAGGAGGAGUCUUGCAGAAGCUUCUUGAGGGGUACAGUGAAGCUUCUGUCGCUGUGCCUGUGGUGCAAGCUGCACAGCACAUGUUGAAGGCUGUGCGUGCACAUAUAGAGAAAUCAAAUGUCAAGGCUGGCGAAUUGGUGUUGAUGGUUGUGACAGACAACCCCCACUGUUCCUUCUUGCCUGCAGCCUGCCAUCAGGGAGUAUUUGAAUUAACACCUGCAUUGGCAAAGCCGUAGUUGAUCAAUGAUAACCUCAACCUUGGGGGGAUGCCAACCCUGGUGGUGUGAUUCCUGGACGUACAUGUCAGUACUCCCUGGCCUGCAUUCCACAUCCCUCUGGCAAGUGUUGUCAGCUUAGC